AAGAACAGAGUACUGGAACACAUCCGGGACAGCGCCAGCCACCCAGGAACACCAGCAGCAGCAGCAGCAGCAGCAGCAGCAACAGCUACAAGAGAAAGUCUUGGAGCUGCUCACAGGACAGCAGUUAGACACGACCCUAGAAGAUGGGAUCAGGGUUUAUUAGUGAGUAGUAUUAUUAUUCUUGGAAGUGCUUUUGAGCUAAAAAACGAACUUGGCCUGGAUCCUACUAUCAUUAGGCACCGUUUCUAUCUUAGAUUUUCAGAGACAUAAUUUCUAUCAAAACACGUCUAACAGUACAUGGGUGCUAAAGAUUACAUUAAGGGACUACUCCUUAUUUUUGCCUCCAUAUGUUCUUGGUAUUCUGGAUACUUACUUGCACAGUCUAUACCUCAUGAACCUUUGUCUAAUGCUGUCAAUACUGUUCUGAACCUUGGAGAGAAAACUGUCCUCAAAUCUCCAUUUCCCAAAAGACAAAAAUGUGACCACCGGACUUCGUGCCCACCUAACACGUAUUCCUAUCGGUUACUGAGUGGUGGUGGUAAAGAUAAAUAUGCCAAAAUUUGCUUUGAGAAUGAGCUGCUCAUAAGUGAAGGGAAGGGUAAUGUUGCAAGGGGUAUCAACGUUGCCAUUGUGAAUUAUAAAACUGGGAAAGUUAUAGAUACAAAAUAUUUUGACAUGUUUCAAGGAGAUAACUCUGGACCAUUGACCCAGUUCAUUAAAAAUGCCCCACAGAAGUCUCUAAUCUUGAUGGUGACACACGAUGAUGGUAGCAGAAGAUUAAAAAAUGAUACCAAAAAUGCCGUAGAAGAUUUGGGCAGUAAGGAAAUAAAAAAUAUACAAUUCAGGUCAAGUUGGGUAUUUCUUGGAGGAAAAGGUGUCGACUUCCCUGAAAAUAUUCAAAGAGAAAAGAUCAACCAUUCUGAUGGCAGCAGAAACAGAUACAUGGAUUGGCCAGCUGAAAUACAGAUAGAAGGAUGUAUACCCCAUGAUACAAGCUAAAAUCAAAUCUUCUUAUUAAAUAAACUUGUAUAAUUACAUAUUUAAGGAAA